UUCACUUGCUCAAUCCUAGGAAGCUGACCACUGGUGCUUUGCUGGGCUGAGCUGAGCCAUGGGAGGAGGAGAUUAUCACCAGCAGAGCCUCAUCGGCGGUGCGGCUGUUCAUGGCCAUGGAGGGGGAGGGGGCGGCACCGUGGAGGCUGCGCUGAGGCCGCUCGUCGGCGGCUCCCACGGCUGGGACUACUGCAUGUACUGGCAGCUCUCUCCUGACCAGAGGUUCUUGGAGAUGGCGGGGUUUUGCUGCAGCGCCGAGUUCGAGGCGCAGGUCGCCACGCUCGCCGACGUCCCUUGCUCCAUCCCUCUUGACUCCUCCAUCGGGAUGCACGCUCAGGCGCUACUGUCGAACCAGCCAAUCUGGCAGAGCAGCGGCGGGGCGCCGGGCCCGGAUCUCCUCACGGGCUACGAGGCUGCCUCCAGCGGUGGCGAGAAGACGCGGCUCCUCGUCCCAGUCGCCGGGGGCAUCGUCGAGCUCUUCGCGUCGAGAUAUAUGGCGGAGGAGCAGCAGAUGGCGGAGCUGGUCAUGGCGCAGUGUGGUGGCGGUGGGCAGGGGUGGCAGGAGACGGAGCCGCAGGGGUUCGCGUGGGACGCGGCGGCGGCAGCAGACCCCGGGCGGCUCUACGCGGCGUCGUCGCUCAACCUGUUCGACGGUGCCGGGGGAAGCGGCUCCGGCGAGCCGUUCCUGGAGGGAGUGCAGGAGGACGGCGCGGCGGGCGUGGGGUGGCAGUACGCGGCAGAGAGCAGCGAGCCGCCGUCGACAGUGGCGCAGGAGCAUCAGCAGCUGCACGGGCAGCACGGCUCGGGCGUGGGGAGGGCGGAUUCGGGGUCGGAGGGGAGCGAUAUGCAGCUGGGGGACCCCGACGACGACGUCGACGGCGAGACGCAGAGGGGCUCUGGCAAAGACGGCUGCGGGAAGCGGCAGCAGUGCAAGAACCUCGAGGCGGAGCGGAAGCGGCGCAAGAAGCUCAACGACCGCCUCUACAAGCUCCGGUCCCUCGUCCCCAACAUUACCAAGAUGGACCGUGCGUCGAUCCUCGGGGACGCGAUCGACUACAUCGUGGGGCUGCAGAAGCAGGUGAAGGAGCUGCAGGACGAGCUGGAGGACCCGAACCCGCCGGGGGGCACCGGCGGCGACAGCAAGGCCCCGGACGUGCUCCUCGACGACCACCCGCCGCCGGGCCUCGACAACGACGAGGACUCGCCGCAGCAGCAGCCGUUCCCAUCCGCCGGCGGCAAGCGGCCCUGGAAGGAGGAGGCGGGCGAGGAGGAGGAGAUGGAGGCGGAGGACCAUGACAUGGAGCCGCAGGUGGAGGUCCGGCAGGUGGAGGGGAAGGAGUUCUUCCUGCAGGUGCUGUGCUCCCACAAGUCCGGGCGCUUCGUCCGCAUCAUGGACGAGAUCGCCGCCCUCGGCCUCCAGAUCACCAGCGUCAACGUCACCUCCUACAACAAGCUCGUCCUCAACGUCUUCCGCGCCGUCAUGAAGGACAACGAGGCGGCGGUGCCGGCGGACAGGGUGAGGGACUCGCUGCUGGAGGUGACGAGGGAGAUGUACGGCGGGGGCGGCGCGUGGUCGUCCCCGGUCCCUCCGCCGCCGCUGACAAACGCGAAGCUCGAUGGCAUGGACGGGCAGGCGGUGCCGGCGGCGGCCGCGGACCACUACCAACUGCACCACCAGGUGCUGGGAGGAUAUCAUCACCAGCAUCUGCAGUACCUCGCCAUGGAUUGAUUCAUCCCCUUUAUUAUCAGCUACUAUAGAUCCAUGCAUGAAUGGCUUAGUUGACACAGUACGUAGUACGUAAUUAGUUCCCUUCCUGCUCGUAAUUUGUUUUCCCUUUAUUACUUGCUACUGUAGGUCCAUGGAUGGAUUAGUUUUCUUUUCUUUUUAGCAAAAGAGGGUUCCCUCUCCGAUUUCAUUAACGAAACCAAAGACAACCAUCA